AUGACCCGCGCAGUUGCCCUGCUCGUGCUCACGUCGUCUCUCCUGAGAUGGACUUUGGCGGGAGAAUCCAGGGACCCUUGUGCGCGCGCAACACUCCUACCUGGCGGGGGCGUUCACGUCACCUUCUUGUCCUCGGAGCCCGCCCCCGCGCGGCUCUACCACAGCGCGUGGUCACGGGAGCGCGCGCUGCUGGCCUGCGCUUGGAGCGACGACGCGGAGGCGGUACGCGAGCACGUUUCCGCAUGCGAGCGAGAGCGCGACCAGCUCCUUCCUCCUCCGCGCGAGCUUGUCGAAGCCGUGCGCGCGCGCGCUGAUGCGUGCGUGUCUCUGCGGGUCACGAGGUGGUCGCCUGAUGUGAAAGGUCACCAGCGUGUCAAGAGGGGCUUCAUCGUUCCAGGAACUCUUUGGUGUGGAUCAGGAAACAAGGCGCCCUCUUAUGACGACUUAGGUGUUUUUUCGGACACAGACAGCUGCUGCCGUGAGCACGAUCAAUGCAAACACACCAUCUUGUCCUUUCACUCCCAGUUUGGCGUCUUCAACUCCAACAUCUUCACCAUGUCCCACUGCGACUGCGACAGCAAGUUCCGCCGCUGCCUGCAGGAGGCCAGGGACGGCAUGUCUGACGUGGUUGGCUACACCUUCUUCAACGUGCUCAGCAUGCACUGCUUCUACUUGUCCCACCGGCUGCAGUGUGCACAGAGGAACUGGUUUGGAAUGUGCAAGGAAAGCAAAAUGGCGUUGUACGCCGAGGUCCACCCUCCCGCGCUCUACCAGUCGACCAAUGCAACAGCACCGAGCGUCAACAUCUCCGACGUGUCCUUACUCAUGGAGGACAUGCCCUCAGCCAUGAUGUCACUGACCACCACCCCCCCGGCUUUGCAUAUGCCGGCUGUAUCGUCCCCCGCGCCGGCGGGAAUCCUUGGCCAGAACGGGUCCUGCAGCGCCUUUAAGAUCCUGGAUGAGUGCAGGGACAAAAUCCCGCCCAAGAAGACGAGAUAUGGACUCUUCAACUCCGAGUCCAAGAUGGUUUACCAUUGUCGCUGCACCAGCAGAACCUUCAACACCUUGACUCAGCAGCACCUGCCACUGACCCCGGUGCAGAACAUCUUGCUGGACGUCAUGUCCCAAUCGUGCUUUGUGCAGACGAACUGCACACGUGACCAAACCAGCUGCGGGUCACCUGCCGUCCUGCUGGAAGCAGAACUUCCCAGGCUGCGGUCCAACGCAGAUGCGGAGGAGCAGCGCCGCCUAGAGGCCGUCCUUGAGAAGGUCAGGGGGUCCAGAAGAAGACAAGGGGGAGUCAGAGUUUAUAAAGUUUGCCUGAGGAUGUUGAGGCACAAAGUCAACAAGGCAGGAACUCACACAUGAAGGAAGAACACGUUAUGAUUUCUAUUUUAUUCACAUCAACUACAUAUUGAAUUGAAACAUUCUGAUGUGCUUCUGCGUGAAUUCAUGUGCUUUAUUUUCUGAUUUCAGGUUUUUUUUUUCAGUUUUUAGCCUAAAUUAAUUGCCAGAUGUCGUUGUUUAUUUCAGCUAUUUAGAGUGUAAAUAUUUGUACAUAAGCACAUUAUCUUGUUUUGAGAAAUGACAUGGCAGAAUGAGUUGGAUUUUUUUUAUUAAAAAUGUCAAAUCAUAUGAAUAAAUUGACCACUUGUGUGAUGAUAUAUUAAUACAGUAAACCUCGGAUAUAUCGGAUUCAAUUGUUCCCACUGGUUUUGUACGAUAUAAGCGAAAUCCGUUAUAUGCGUAUACCGGAAAAUGUCCAUUUUACGCAUAUAUCGGAUUUAUAUCCGGUAUAUGCGUAAAUCGGAUUUUAUCCGUUAUAAAAAGGCACUUCCUUGACUAUGUUUCCAAUGUACCU